UUUGAUAAUUGUUUUUGUGAGCCCAUUUUUUUGGUCUGUUUAAAUAUUUUUUGUCACACCAUACUUUUCAUCUAGGAGACUGCAGCUAGGCUCUGCUUUCUAAAAGUGAAUAGAAAUUGAUAAGACAAACAAUAAAACAUGGCAUCAUUUUCAUCUGAAAAUAUGGAACAUAAAAUUCAACAAGUUCGUUCAAUCAUAAUGCAAAAAUAUGAAAGUAAUAACGAACUUUAUCACGAAAAAGAUAUUGAAUAUCUACAAAAUGACAACUGGACUGUGGAACGGUAUAUUCAACGAGGAAAAACGGUGGACAAAAGUUUUCAGCUAUUAGAUAAUGUGCUCAAAUUUCGUCGUGAAAUUGAUAUGCCCGUAUUAGAAAGUGUAUGUUUUCCCAGAGAAUUGUUCAAAAUUGGAUAUGCUUUCAACGGUGGUCACGAUCGGCAAGGAAAUGGAGUAGUUUUUAUGCGUCCUCGUUUCUAUCGUAAAAUCAAAAAACUUGAUCGAAAAAUUAAACAAUUUGUUUGUUAUCAAAUGGAAAUAAUGGAUAAAAAAACCAAAGGACGUGGUAUGGCCAUUAUUGUUGAUCUAAAAUCAAUUGGUCUUAUGAAUUUGGAUAUUGAAUACAUUUUAUGGGGUAUCACUAAUCUAAUCGAUUGCUGUCCGACCGGUUUAAAUUAUAUAAUGCUUUAUGAUUUUUCUUGGCUUGUAACAUCCAUUUGGAAUCAAAUGAAAAAGCUUCUACCGGCUGAUUUAGAAAAAAAGUUCAAAUUUUGUAAUGGUGAUGAUAUUUUUCAUUAUAUUGACCGUGAUAAUGUACCUAAAUAUCUCGGUGGCAAUAGUAUAAUUGAUCCGCACCAUGUGCCCGAUGAAUGUUUAACGUUGAUCGAUUAUGGUCGGCAAAAUGAUUGGUUGGAAAAAGAAAUCGAUCAUGUCCUGAAAUUAUGGAAACCAUUUCUUGAUAAAGCAGAUGAAGAAAUAAAAAAAUUCGUGCAAUAAACUAAUUUAUUUCAUAAUAAAUUCUUAUAACAUUAUUA